AUGCCUCGAACAUGUGUUAUUUGUAAUAAAGAGCGAGCGAGUAUUAAAAGGCCCAAAACAGGGCAACAAGUUUGUCGAGAAUGUUUUUACUAUGUAUUUGAAACAGAAAUACAUAACACUAUUGCAGAUAACAAAUUAUUUAGCAAAGGAGAUAAAGUCGCCAUUGCAGCUUCUGGCGGAAAAGAUUCCACAGUGUUAGCGUAUGUUAUGAAACUAUUGAACGAAAGAUAUCAAUAUGGACUAAAUCUCUUUCUUUUGUCCAUUGAUGAAGGAAUAACAGGAUAUCGGGAUGAUUCAUUGGAGACAGUCAAAAGAAAUCAACAACAAUAUGAUCUGCCGCUAAAGAUAAUUUCAUAUAGCGAAUUGUAUGGAUGGAGUAUGGAUCAAAUUGUUAAAGAAGUCGGAUUGAAAAAUAAUUGUACAUUCUGUGGUGUAUUUAGACGUCAAGCUUUGGAUCGUGGAGCAGUAUUGUUAGAAGUGGAUCACAUAAUAACUGGGCACAAUGCUGACGAUAUAGCGGAAACGGUUUUGAUGAAUAUUUUGAGAGGCGAUAUUGCAAGGCUUCAAAGGUGCACGGAAAUAAGUACAACUGGAGAGGGGUGUAUACGAAGGUCAAAGCCUUUCAAGUAUACUUACGAGAAAGAAAUCGUCAUGUAUGCCUAUUUUAAAAAACUCGAUUAUUUUUCGACUGAAUGUAUAUAUUCACCAAAUGCGUAUCGAGGUCAUGCACGCACUUUUUUGAAAGAUUUGGAAGUAAUAAGACCUAGUGCUAUCAUAGAUAUAAUCCACUCGGGCGAGGCAUUUGAGGUGAAACGAGAAGUAAAAUUACCAGUCCAAGGAGUGUGCAAAAGAUGCGGAUACAUGUCAAGCAAUGAGCUAUGUAAAGCGUGUGUGUUAUUAGAAGGCUUAAAUCGUGGUUUGCCCAAGCUCGGUAUUGGAAAGACUAAUAGAAUGCGUAAGAAACACGGAGAUAUGCCUAAAAACACAGCCACUAUUCCGCAAUUUUUGGAAAGUUCAGAUGAAAAAAAAAGUGCGACUUCAAUCGUCGAAGGAACUCUUCAAUGA